AUGGAAGAAAUCAAAUUUUCCCAUAGAUCUUAAUCAUUUACUGUUUUAUAAUGUGAUCUCUAUACUAGAUUCCUUGAUAUGCAUGAUGAAUUGUCUAAAUCUACUAAAAAUAUCAAUAAUCUCAUAAAUCAUAGUCUUCGUCAAUUAUCUAAUACUUAGGAGGAGACCAGAUUUAGUUUCUCUGCCAAUUCUUAAAAUCAACAAGAACUUAAUUCUUUUGAAGAAAUGAUUAUUGAAGAAGACUUGGAUCUAGAAACCUCACCUUCAAAUAAUGAAAAAGAACUAAUUUUAGAAAAUAAAAUUAAGAUAUAUGAAUCUGCUUUCAAUACAUUCGAACAAGAAAAUGUAUAAAAAGAUUAAGAAAUUAUUAGACUAAAAAAAUUGUAAAUAUUCUACUUUUACCAAUAGGUUAAAUGAUUAAAAUCUAUAACAAAGUAUGUAGAAUCCAGAUGAAAUAUAUUAAGAAUAAAGUGUUAUUAGAUAAUAAUUAUAAGUUCUAGAUGGUUAAUUAGAUUAUUUAUAAGAAAAAAAGGACCUGGAAAAGAAGAUGAAAGAAUGGGAAAGCAUAAUAAAAGAAUAAUCAGAUAUGAUAACUUCUUAGAAACUGGAAAUUAGUCGAUUAAAACAUAUAAAUUCAUACUUACAUAAAUCUAUUGAAAAAUUAUAAACAUUAUGA